AUGAAGAGGAUGUUCAAAAAACCUAUCCUAAGCGUGUCGGAUAUCGGUUCGAUACAUUCCUUGGCGAAGGAACCAGGCAAAAGUGUUCUUGAGACUAAAUCCCAAGUUAGAUCAGGCGCGGCGGUCGAUCCCACAGCCUGGGGCACAAGGGCUACUCAAGCGGAGAAACUGAAGGUCCACGAUAUUGACAGAAUCGGCACGGCUACUAAAAAGAGGGAGCCACAACAACAGAGCUUUUUGCCAUAUGAUGCCGUUGGCCUUAAGAAACGUCCUCAAUUAGUUGACGUGGCUCCCGAUAAGCGGGAAACACUGCUCCUGAAAAAGGUAGAAAUCUGCUGCACCGUUUUCGAUUUCGGAGACAGCUCGCGGGACUUGGCGUCCAAGGAGGUAAAGCGCCUCACGCUGGUUGAAUUAGCCGAUUACAUGUUAAUGCAACCAAAUAUGAGUUCGGAACCAGUGUAUGCAGCAAUUACGGAACUGUUAAAAAAGAAUGCCCUUCGAACACCGGUUCCGACACGCCGCUUGCCCUUGGAUGGGUUUGAUAAAGAGGAGGAAGAAGAUGAAGAAAACGCCGAUCCAUCUUGGAUGCACUUAAAAUGGGUGUACGAAAUUUUUCUGCGCUUCGUCAGUCGCAACGAUUUCCAGCCAACACUGGGCAAGAAGUACAUUACAUCAGAACUACUAACCGAUCUGAUGCCACUCUUCGAUUCAGCUGAUAGCCAUGAGCGGGAUUAUGUGAAACAAAUUGUGCACCGAAUUUACGAGAAAAUAGUCUCAUUGAGACCACUGAUUCGACAAUUGAUCAGUUGCACGUUACUCGGGUUCAUCUACGAAGAGGACAGCCACAAUGGCAUACGAGAAUUGUUGCAGAUAAUGGAAAGCAUAAUUAAUGGAUUCCAAUUGCCGCUGAAAAGUGAUCAUGAAAUAUUUUUGCGAAAAAUCCUUCUUCCUCUACACAAAACUCCGUCUGUGGCAACCUACCAUUAUCAUCUGAUGAGUUGUAUCAUGGAGUACAUCAAAAAAGAUAACAGCCUUAUUCAUCCAAUCAUACUUGAGGGAAUACUUCGUUUUUGGCCUCGAACUAACUCCUACAAAGAGGUGCUCUUUCUGGAUGAGUUGGAGUCCUGCAUUGAGUAUUGUGACUCCGAUAACUUCAGAGUUAUUUUGCGUCCAAGUUUUAUGCAUCUAGCAUGCUGCAUCAGCUCGGAGAACUUUCAGGUCUCAGAGCGGGCCCUGCUUUUCUGGAACAACGAGCGUUUGCUCUCCAUGAUGACAGAAAACGCAAGGGAGAUAAUCCCAGUUAUUUAUGAAUCUCUACUCAAAGCGAUUAACCACUGGAACAGGUAUGUUUAUUGA